GUGAACCCACAGUCGGCGUGCUUGUCAUUUCGCCAUCGCCGGAAUUGGACAUCAGCAACGAUGAUGAACUGGUUCCUCGUCGUGGUGGUUGUGAUCAUGGCGGUGGUCUUCCUCGCCGCCAACUUCUACAUCUUGGUCUACUUCCAGCACCCGGAUGACAAGAACACGGCGUACAUGCCAAAGGUCCUCGUGGUGAUUGGGUUCCUUCUCGCGGAAGCGUGCGUGCUUCUCUUACCGUUGGACGUGGCCAACAACUCGACAGCCAUCGGGUGCACGGCCGGGUGGAAUGCAGCAUGCGGAAAUCUCGACAUGGAGACGCUGUGGUUGAUCGUGUUCAUGUCCAUCGCCGUGUUCCUCGUCGUGCUGCUGCCGUAUUCGAUCUACUUUUACGAGUCCGACGACGGGUUUGACGACAGCUCGGCCAAGAAGACCCACCGCUGGCUGGACGCGCUCAAGCUCGAGAUUGCGACUGUGGUGGUCGUGGGCAUCAUCGUGGCCAUCACGUACAUCACGUCCUCCACGUCCGACAUCCCGUACAACGUCCUCGUAUACAACUCGACGGUCGGCAACGACACGAUCCACAUCGCCGACGCCGUCGGUGGCUUGCACAGCUUUACAGACGGCGCGAUCAUCAGCCCCAACGAGCGCGUGUACGCCAUGGCCAAGGGACUCAACCCGCUGCAAACGAGCAUGCGGCUGGACGUGUCCGUGCCCAUCUACAUCACGGCGCUCGUGAGUUUCGUGGGUUGGUUUGCCUUCUCCAUCUUUGUCGGCAUCGGGCUCGUCGCGCUGCCACUCGACUUGAUCCUGGCGUUCUUUUUUCGCCCCAAGUUCAUCCCCGCCGACGUUUACGCCCAGCAAAAGAUGCUCGUGCAGAUCCGGUCGUUGGAGUUGAUGGAAGUCGGCAAGGAGAUCAAAUCGUCCAUGCUUUCGCAUCCAGACACCAAGUUGUCGGCGCGCGAACGCCGCAAGAACGGCAAGCUCGACACGAUCACCAUGAACAAGUUCAAACAGGCCGUGUACUUACUCGAAAAAGACGUGGCCGAGCUCAAGCUGUGCCACGAAGAUUACAAAAACUACAACCCGCUGGUGCCGCUGGGCAAGCUCGUCCUGGGCUUCGUCGCGUCGAUUGUGAGCUUUCUGUGGCUGCUGCAGAUCAUCUUGGGGAUGGUGCCGCCGAUCCCGAUCCUGCCGUUUCUGAACGACUACUUUAUCUGGUUUGACCAGUGGUUCCCGCUCUUUGGCACCAUGUCCGUGGGUAUUUUCUCCAUGUACUUGCUCAUGGCGUGCAUCAAGGGCUGCUUCAAGUUUGGCAUGCGGUGCUUUUGCUGUGCGCUGCACCCGAUGGAGUACAACGGCACGUACAUGAACUCGUUCCUGUUCAAUUUGGCGUUGAUCUUGCUGUGCUGCAUCCCUGUGGUCCAGUUCAGCAACCAAGCCUUCAGCGACUAUGUCCGCCUCACGACGAUUCAAACGAUGAUGGGCAUCCAGCUGCGCUAUAUGAAGGGCUUUUCCGCGUUCUGGGUCCACAACGUGUUUUUGUACGCGAUUCUCGUCAUUGUGCUCUUGACCACGCUCUACUUGGCGGUGCGGCCUCGGGACACGUCGUCCAAGACGGAUGCGAUCCGCAAGAAGAUCGAAAAGCAAGUCGCGAUGGCCACGGCUUAAUCGCGUUCAUAAGAAAGAACACGAUUGGAUUUGAUUGCAUCGUCCGUAUUAUAACAGCUUUGAAAUGUCCUAAUAAUUUGUGUGUCU